CGCAGCCUGCUGACUGCUGUUUCCCUUGUCCUAUCUCGUGUGUAUUUUGCUUUAGUCUCAGAGAGUGGCUGUGCACCGUGAAUUCAGGGUUGGAAUAAUGGGGCUCGGGUCGAAUUCUUCCGUGAGGGUUGAAUGGAUUGUAGCAGUUUCAUUUGCUGCCGGAGCAGCAGCUGUUGGGUAUCUUGCUUACAAAAAAUUUCUCAGCAAGGACAGAUGCUGUAGUGGGAUGGUAAACCUCCAUAUCCAGAAAGAUAAUCCAAAGGUAGUUCAUGCAUUUGAUAUGGAAGAUUUGGGAGAGAAAGCUGUAUACUGCCGGUGUUGGAGGUCUAAGAAGUUCCCGUUAUGUGAUGGGUCUCAUACAAAGCAUAAUGAUGAAACAGGAGACAAUGUGGGACCUCUGAUCAUCAAGAGAAAAGAUGCAUAAAUGGUGAAUAAUCUGGACGUCGCGCAAACAACCAUGUUGCAGUACUUUUUCCUCACCUGUAAUUGGUAUAAAAAAGAGGUCUGAAGUCAUUUCACUGAAGAUUUUUAGAUGUGGUAUACAUUAUGCUGCACCACAUGUAAUUCAUGGUGUUUGCCUUGCUUAGACACUACACUGUAUAUGUUAGGAAUGAAUACUUGUGACUUGCUGAUUUUUUUGUCUUGUAAAGUAUACAUUCUCAUUAAGUGUAAAAAAAAGACACCUUCAGAAUGUACUUGGAACUAUAUAUUAGAAGAUAAUACAUUAAAUUAUUUUCGACUAA